UCCCAGCGUGCCUGGCGCCUGCCGGGAUAUUGACCUGCUCGCCGGGGCUGCCGCCGUGUUGCCGCCAGCCAGGCCGCGAAGGAAGACGUAAAGGCCGCGGCCUGGGCGCCGAUCCCGCAGCCUGAGGGAAGAUGAGUUCGGCCAGGGAGACGCAGCCCCGCCACGGCAAGAAGCGAGCGGCCUCCCCCGAUCAGGGAUCGAGCAGCUGGGAGGCAGUAGACUUAGGUAAUGAAGAAAGAAAGCAAAAGUUCUUGAGACUUAUGGGAGCAGGAAAGAAAGAACACACUGGCCGCCUUGUUAUCGGAGACCACAGAUCAACUUCUCAUUUCAGAACAGGGGAAGAAGACAAGAAAAUGAAUGAAGACCUAGAGUCUCAGUUCCAGCAAAGCAUGGACAGCACUAUGUCUGGAAGAAAUCGACGACACUGUGGACUUGGUUUCAGUGAGGUAGUAGUUUACUUACUCUUAUUGACGCAGACAGGCUUGCUCCAGUGGGCAAAGAGAAUGAAUGACAAACAUCCCAUGGCCAUUUUUUUACAACAUGUCAAAUUUACUCUAUCCCAGAGUGCCCCUAUAAGUUUACCAAGUACAAAUCUACAGGAGCCAAGAGCUUCCUGUGCUUGGACACAGAGGUACCAGUGAGAAUUCUUGAACACCUGAAAACAUUCAUACUCUACAGUAUGUACAGCUAGAUCAUGUUAAGCUCCUCAGAGAUGUAACAUAGCAGGUGACUUGACAGUACAUAGCAGCUCUAUCCAACAAUUUAGCAUAGGAAGUGAAGAAUAUUUUAUUCAGUUGACUGCCAGGGGAAUUUAAAUAGAACAGGAACCAAAAUAAUUAUGGGACUCACACCUGCUGUGGAAUGACUACAAUAGUUAAGGCUUUUUACAUCUUCCAAAAACCAGCACCCACAUGAGAGUAGCACAAUGCCUUAAGACAAGCUAGGGGUAUCCAUUCAGUGCUAACUCAGAGGAGUGCCCUCCCAAUUGCUAGCCCCAUUUCCUGAGAUUCCCUAGGAAAGGUUGGGGGAUGCUUCCUCUUCAUGUACUGACCCAGAUUAAACUGCUUUAGCUCAAAGAG